UCGAUCACUUUUACCCUUCCAGACAUGCAUAACAAUAACAAUGUUAACGUUUAAAUUCCAAGCUUGAGCUCCACAUAACACCAUUCAAGGAGACCACCUUUUCCUCUCUUGCCCACAUGGCCUAGUAAGCCUUAUGGCAUUCUGUACAGCCUAUGGUUGUUCCUGCUGUGUGGAUUGCAAUUUAAUCAAUAUAUUCAUUCAAUUUAUUCAAAACGCUGGCCUAAUUACGCAACUUGAUAAUUCUGUCCAGGAUUUGGCAUUGGAAAAUUUCGCGUGUGGAUUAUAUGGCAUCCAUUGUUGGACAAGGCCUUUUCUUAAUUCAUUUCUGGAUUGAUAGUACUGAAUUCCAGCUUACAAAUUGCACUGAAAUUUUCAUUUUAGUGUAUGGUCCAUGAGCUCGCCUGCUUUUGAACCUGGACAAGUUCAGUGUGACCACCAAGAGCUUUUCCAAACUCAGCUACAUUUCAAGUUAUGUUGGAGAGAUUCGAUUCAGACAAAUUACCACUGCUUGUUAAGUUUUCACUCUCUCCAGGGAUAACCUUUGAGGAAUGAUUGGCAUAGAUUGUUCUUAGAAUGUCUCUGCCUCUGCUCGCAAUUAAACCAGAAAUGUUAUCUCAAAGUCGAAGCAACUUUAACAAUGCUAGGAAGCUGCUCAAGAUAACAAGAACAUUUGGAUGAUGGUCUCUUGAAAAAACAAGUCACACGAAUGAUUAUGUCACCUCAGUCUUAGAAUUUUAAACAUUCCUACUGAAAUUGAUGGGUAACCCAGUUUCUUUAAGUCCACACAAUUCUAUCUCAAUUUUCUCUGCAAUUCCUCUUUCUUCACAAGUUUCCCCAUAUUUAGACCAAAGACUUUUGGUCAAGCCUUGUUGUUCUUUCCAUCGGACUUCAGGUCAUAAAAUAAGAUCUGAUUUAUUGUCCUUGAGUCCUGCUAAAGUUUUAAGGCCUGACACUUGUUCAGCAGCAGAUGUCUGCACAAAGUUAUUCAUUUAUAGAACAGCCCAAGCUCCUUCAGGUAUUCCAGUCAUUAGGUCUAAUGGGUUUUCUUAUAGGGGGAGGUUUAUGAUGAAAUCACAUAAUGGAAAUGCAAAGAACGAAGAUGAUGCUAGAGAGGCGGCCUUUCAAGCUAGUGUAAAGCAGAGUAGGAAGUUGUUGGAUUUGCAAGAUCGACAUCAUGAGAAGUUGAUGAAGAUUAUUGUGGUAGGCACAGAGUGUGCUCCAUGGUCCAAAACAGGUGGAUUAGCUGAUGUUGUUGGUGCACUGCCUAAAGCUUUGGCUCGCCGAGGUCAUAGAGUGAUGGUCAUUGCUCCACGGUACAGUGAUUAUAUUGAAGCAUGGGACACUAGAGUCCACAAGUGUUAUAAGGUAGCUGGCAAGGAUAUGGAGGUUGGUUAUUUUCAUGCAGAUAUUGAUGGCAUUGACUACAUAUUCAUUGACAAUCCCAUUUUUCAUGCCUUCAAAGAUAAUAUAUAUGGGGGAUCACAACAGGAUAUUCUGACUCGUAUGAUUCUUCUCUGCAAAGCUUCUAUUGAGGUUCCGUGGCAUGUGCCAUGUGGUGGUGUAUGUUAUGGGGAUGGAAACCUUGUCUUUGUUGCAAAUGACUGGCAUACGGCACUUUUGCCAGUCUAUCUAAAGGCAUAUUAUCAUGAGUACGGCUUGAUGAAGUAUACCCGAUGUAUACUCGUGAUCCAUAACAUUUUGCAUCAGGUUCAUAUUUGUGAACAUUCUGUUUUCCUCAUUUUUGAAAAAUAAGAAAGAAAGAAAGAAAAGGAUUGGCAAUAGA